UUUUAGAUAUCAUCGAUAACAUUUUGUUUAAAUUUCCACGGCGCUGUAAAACACAUUGAAUUGAUUUUUGAUUACUUGAUGAGUUGAAAACAGGAUGUUUUAUUCCAUUUUUUUGCUCAUCUUUUGCAUAUUUGAAGUGUCCAGUGUGCACGCUACUGUUCUCUCUCCAGAAGUUCAAGCGACAAUAUUAAGUAUCGGUAAAAAAUGUGUAGAAGAAACGGGAGUAGAUGUCAGCAAACUAAUAGAAAUCCGAGAGGGCAACUUUGUUGAAGAUCCCAAAGUUAAAGAGCAUCUUCUUUGUAUGUCGAAAACAAGCGGCGCUCAAAAGGAAAAUGGCGAUUUUGAUGAGGGUAAAAUUAGAAAAACUUUGAUUGAUAUUUCUAAGGAUCCUGCGAAGACAGAUGAAGUAAUUAAGAAAUGUAUGAUCAAAAAACCAUUGCCCGAAGACUCUAUAUUUGAGAGCUGUAAGUGUCUAUAUGGCGAAAUACCCAAAGAAGAAAUAUUGGCUUUGAAAGAAUAACUCUGUUGCUUUGAAAGAAUGUUACUAAGGUAUAAAUAAAAAAUAAUUUUAAAUAAAGAUUUUGUUUGAGAAAAAG